AUGGGCAAGCGAUUUGCGAUUAGUUUUGGAUCUGAUGGUGGUUCUGUUUCAAGGACUAAAACGUUGUACCACGACGACUCAGAGUCCGUUGUAGUCUCUGAGCAAAAUAUUUCGUUAACCUCGAAAACUUCAAAUAAUACUGAAGAUCAUAAACCAACACUCAUAAUGAGCUCAGUACAUGGCACGUCACGAAGUAAAGCCUUCUACACAUUAGCCCUUUGUCCCACUGAUGUGUACAGUCACGCAUUGAAACCUUCGCUAAUGAACGCUGAUGUAUCUGUAACCUAA